AAAUGCGUAUUUAUAAAUAACGUGGCGUACAAGUUCGUCGCGAGCUUGUGUUACUCUUCAGUAACUAAACGUCAAAAUGGUAGAUAUAAAAAGUAACGUGAGUUUUGCGUGCCAGCGAUGUCUACAACCUCUCAGACUGGAUACUAGUUUUUAUCAUCUCGGGGAACACACGUUAGCAGAACUUUCACUUCCUAUCCAACAACAAGUGGUGGGAGAGAUAGAGCCACAAAGUGGAAGCAUAGAACAUUUAGUACCUCCAUUUAAAUUAACCGAAUCUGCAAAUGGAACUAAUGGAUUCAUGUUGGUUGGGGAUUCUGGGGAAACAGAAAGUCUCAGUCACCAUUUGAAGGUACGGGCAACAUUAUUUGAUAUUCUUAGUAGUAGUAGCUCUGCUGAUCACCCACUCUGUGAUGAAUGUACGGAUAGUCUUUUAUUGUUAAUGGAUCAGCAAUUGAGACUGACUGAAGAAGAAUGGUCAGAUUACAAUGAAUAUUUAAAAAAGUUAGAAAUAGAGCAGCAACAACAGGGUCAUGAAGAUGUAGAAAUGGAAACUCUGACAAAGGAACUGCAAGAUGUGAAGUCAGAAGAGAAAAGAAUGAUAAGAGAGUUGGAAGCAUUAAGGAAAGAAGAAAUUGCAACUAGAAAUGCCAUAGUUGAACAAGAGAGGGAAAGGGAAAAGUUGCAAUGUGCAGAAGAAAGAUAUUGGAAAGAACACUCAAAGCAUAAAAGAGAUCUUAUAUUGGCAGAAGAUGAGUACCGUAGUCUGGAGUGCCAGUUAGCAUAUGCAGCUUCACAGCUAGAGAGACUGAAGAAAACAAAUGUUUUUAAUGCUACAUUUCAUAUUUGGCACUCAGGACAUUUCGGAACUAUAAAUUCCUUCCGAUUAGGCAGAUUGCCGAGUGCGCCGGUAGAUUGGAGCGAAAUAAAUGCCGCAUGGGGACAGACCACCUUACUGUUAACAGCUCUUGCUAGGAAAAUGAAUCUCACGUUCAAACGUUUUCGAUUAGUGCCAUUUGGUAAUCAUAGUUACAUUGAAGCUUUAGACCAACAUAGAGAACUUCCUUUGUAUGGAAGUGGAGGAUUUAAAUUUUUAUGGGACACAAAGUUUGAUGCAGCAAUGGUAGCAUUUCUAGACUGUUUGCAACAGUUUAAAGAACAGGUGGAAAAAGGAGACAGUGGGUUCUGUCUACCGUAUAGAAUGGAUCGGGGAAAAAUAGAAGAUUCCGCAACCGGCAACUCUUAUUCAAUCAAAAUACAAUUUAAUUCGGAGGAACAAUGGACCAAGGCAUUGAAAUUUCUGUUGACCAAUUUAAAAUGGGGUUUAGCAUGGGUUAGUUCCCAGUUCACAAAAGGCGAGGCUGAGCAUUAACUUGUUGUUAGUUUAUGCAAAUUCAUCCAGUCUUAAUCAUACAUCUCUUUUACAUUCACUUAUCUAGAAACCAGGAUACACCGUACAGUAAACUUGGGGGACUUUG